GAAAAAGCAGCGUGGGUUAGUGACAUAAGUCAAUGUAUGGACAACGUUCACUUUAACGAUCUGCUUCAUGGAUCGUUGUCGGACACCAGCUCCGUCACGAUGCCACAAUCCAUCCGGAACGACCCAAAGCUGUUCAAGGACGACGUGGAUAUCAGAUUCUGUCGCACUUUGAACUCCUGCAAAAUACCGCAGAUCCGUUCCGCGACGCCCGAGCGACUAUUACAGCGAUUGACCGACCUCAGAUUUCUUAGUAUCGAUUUUCUCAACACAUUUCUGUUGACAUAUCGAGUAUUCACCGAUGGCGUCACAGUGCUGGAGGCCUUAAAAAAAGUUUUUUAUGAAGCCGAACCGCCGGACGCGCAAAUAACCACCGGAUCUCUUGGGGGAGGCGGGAGAUCCUUAGACGUAUUAGGAACAAAUGCAAAUGAAACACAAUUAUAUUCCGAGGAUCGAAGAAAAAGCUUUUCACCGAGACGAACUAGCGGCGCAAGCUCAGUAUCAGGAUAUGGAUCAGAAGUGAGCGAUACUCGCGACGCGAAAUCCCAUGGAUCCUUUGACGUUAAUACUAGUGGAUAUAAUUCGAAAAGUUACUGGCGAUCUGGUUAUAAGAAGCUAGACGAAGAACAAGUGCUCGGCCACAUCUCCGAGGCUCCAGUCAUAAAGCGCAGUCCAACGUCGCAAGCGUCCAGUCCAUCUAAUUCGUUGCAAUCUCCGACUAUGCCGCGAAAAAUUAGCAUUCGUGUGGAUAAUAACGAAAUCGAAAAUGAUGGAUGUCAUCUGACAAUACCGAAAGUAAUAGCCGUGUCGUCCAGUUCCGAAACACUCACAGACGUUACAGCAAUCAGCGCACCAUCUUCACCGAGCAACUUGAGUUCUGUGACACUAGUUGGUUCGACGGAAUCUGGAUCCGGAUCUGGAUCGGAUCCGAGUCCUCAAGAGGGAGGUAUUUACUCACGUCGUGUCUCGGAAAUUGAUACACCUGGCACUGCAGAAGAGGAUACAAAAGUACAAUUUACUUAUGACGACAUACCACCAUCAUCACAAUCAGCCGAGCCUACCAAGCCCAAAUCGCCGAAGAUACCCAAGACACCCAAGACACCUACCACUCCUAAGACGCCAAAAUCUCCAAAACCGCCUGUCUCUCCGCUGAUAAAGGAGAGUAAAGAUGAGCAAAGUACAUCGACCGAUGAUGACGAAAGUAUAACUUCUCCAAAAUCAAACAACCAAUCAGCACAGCAGAAUCAACAGCAAUAUUCGGAGCAUAGAGCAUCAAUCGCUUCUGCGCCAGCCGCCACCGGACCAAGGAGCGGUUCGGUUUCCACUAUAACUGGCAAUUAUUGGGUAAACAGACGAUCAAUGCAUGAUGAGAUCUCGCAGCAGAGCAGCUAUCACGAUGCUCAGGUUUCCAGUAAAGCCGGUGUGGUAAUAACUAGCUUUCGACAGAGUCAUCGAAGCAUUGGACCUGAACCUAUCUGGAGCAGCACGUCCACGGCGGCAGCCGCAUUUGCUAUCGCAACUUCUGCUUCGAGUAAUCCACCAGACAAAGGGCCUGCUACUGACGGUAACAAUCGUGGCCGAGAUAAGAAUAGACGGAAGGAAUCGGUAAUGUCGACCGCCGCAACUAUGAGGGUACUAAACGUCCUCAGGCACUGGGUAUCCAAGCAUGCUCAGGACUUCGAAAUGGAUCAGAAAUUGAAGACCCUGACCAUAGAGUUCCUGGAAGAUAUCAAUUACAGCCCUAAUCUGUUACCGGCCGAACACAAGGCGGCCACUCAACUUUUACGAUUAAUUACCAAGGAAGAAACUGAGAGCAACAAAAUCGACCUGAAAAAACUACUGACUCCGCCAGUAAUUCCGAGUAAGGAGAGUAUCGAGACGCUGUCUGCACUUGAGAUUGCGGAACAGAUGACAUAUCUAGAUCACCACAUAUUUAUCUCCAUCGCUAGCGAGGAAUUCCUUGGGCAAGCGUGGAUGAAGACGGAUAAGGCAACUCGCGCGCCUCAUAUUCUUCUCAUGACGAAGAGAUUCAACGAAGUGUCGCAAUUAGUUGUUUCCGAAAUUAUUCGUCGCUCCAAUAUGUCGGCCAGAGUCGCGGCUAUCGAGAAAUGGGCUGCGGUUGCUGAUAUCAAUAGGGUUUUGCAUAAUUACAACGGCGUACUGCAAAUUUGCGCUGCGUUCACAAACAGUAGCGUAUAUAGGCUGAAGAAAACUUGGGAUAAGGUUUCCAAAACGACAAAGCAGACGAUAGAAAGACUACAGCAUAUCGUAUCAUCCGAUGGACGCUUUAGAAAUUUGCGGGACGCCUUGCAUCGAUGUGAUCCACCUUGUAUCCCUUACUUAGGUCUUUAUCUCACCGACCUUUCGUUUAUCGAAGAAGGUACUCCAAAUGUCACCGAAGGUCUUUUAAAUUUCUCGAAAAUGCGAAUGAUUUCUCACGUAAUCCGCGAGAUACGGCAUUUCCAGCAAACCCCCUAUAAGAUCGAAUUGGUCACGAAGGUAACCAACUAUCUACUCGACACGUCGCUCCUGCUGAACGAGAAAGAUCUGUAUCGUAUGUCCUUGGAACUCGAGCCCAGAACAUCUAGGUUGAGUAGUUCUGCUUUAAUCGAUCUACCUCCUUCAGUCAGCAACGUGUCUACAAAAUGAAUUUAUUUUGUCCUAAUAUACUGUGAAGCGCGCAACUUAAUUCUACCUUCACUUAAUAAUGUAAAAAAAGGAAAAUCUAGGUUCGAAAGGAUCAACUAUUUAUUGCGACCGGCCGAUCGUUACGACGAUCGCAAAUGCGAUCACUCGUCGUGUUAUCAGCCCCGUCCAUUUCUGUCCUUCGAUUAUAACGUCCAUUGACUUCCGUUGUUGUUUCAAUUUUACUUAUUGCGAUACAUUUGAGCAAGAAGUUAUAUAAACAAGCUCGACAAUGAUCUCAUCGUCGCGCAUAGAAUGGCCUCUGAUUCGCGGAAGAAAAACGU